GGGUCACGUGACACUAGAGGCGCCGGAGGCGGUGAGUUUGCUCUGUCAGAGCGGCACCGGCGCCAAAUGAGGCGGUCUCUGCCGGGGUGAGGGCUUCAGGGGUCCCGGCUCCGUGUGCCCUCGCCGCCCGCUCACGCUCGCGGUCCUGGGCGCUGCCGGAAAGGAAUAAUGCUGUCAGCAUGUCUGCACACUCCAUGCUCUGUGAAAGAAUCGCCAUAGCCAAGGAACUGAUCAAGAGAGCCGAGUCACUUUCUCGAUCAAAAAAGGGUGGCAUAGAAGGGGGUGCAAAGCUGUGCAGCAAAUUGAAGGCAGAAUUAAAAUUCUUACAGAAAGUAGAAGCUGGGAAAGUAGCUAUUAAAGAAUCUCAUUUGAAAAGCACGAACCUAACACAUUUGAGAGCCAUCGUGGAAUCGGCAGAAAACCUGGAAGAAGUUGUUAGUGUUCUCCACGUCUUCGGUUACACAGACGCCUUGGGAGAAAAGCAGACCCUUGUAGUGGAUGUCGUUGCAAAUGGUGGUCAUACUUGGGUGAAAGCUAUUGGCCGAAAGGCUGAAGCGCUGCAUAACAUCUGGCUGGGCAGGGGCCAGUAUGGUGACAAAAGCAUCAUUGAGCAGGCUGAAGACUUCCUCCAGGCCAGUCACCAACAGCCGGUACAGUAUAGCAACCCCCACAUCAUCUUUGCAUUUUACAACAGUGUUUCCAGUCCCAUGGCAGAGAAGCUGAAAGAAAUGGGUAUAUCUGUGAGAGGAGACAUAGUGGCAGUGAACUCUCUGCUAGAUCACCCUGAAGAGCUACAGCUGAGUGAGAGUGAAUCAGAUGAGGAGGGACUGGAACUUCUGCAAGGGACUAGGGUAGACCGGGAAAAUAUCCUAGCAAGUGUUGCAUUUCCAACGGAGAUAAAGGUUGAUGUGUGUAAAAGAGUCAAUCUGGACAUUACCACCUUAAUCACCUAUGUGUCUGCUCUCAGUUAUGGAGGUUGCCACUUUAUCUUCAAAGAAAAAGUACUCACGGAACAAGCAGAGCAAGAGAGGAAAGAGCAGGUUCUACCUCAGCUGGAGGCAUUUAUGAAGGACAAGGAGUUGUUUGCUUGUGAAUCUGCUGUCAGGGAUUUUCAGUCUAUUCUAGAUACCUUAGGAGGACCUGGGGAGAGAGAAAGGGCUGCUGUUCUAAUUAAGCGAAUCAGUGUAGUGCCAGACCAGCCUUCUGAGCGUGCCUUAAGACUAGUGGCAAGUUCAAAAAUUAAUAGCCGUUCAUUAACGAUUUUUGGGACGGGAGACACCUUAAAAGCCAUCACAAUGACUGCCAAUAGUGGUUUUGUCAGAGCUGCAAACAACCAAGGUGUUAAAUUUAGUGUGUUUAUCCAUCAGCCUAGAGCACUUACUGAGAGUAAAGAGGCUCUGGCCACCCCAUUACCAAAAAAUUAUACAAAUGACAGUGAACAUUAGUGGUGUUCUUUAAACUUGUCGUGAAAAUAAGUUAUUUUUACCAAAGGCUGGGUCUUCCCAUAUAAAUUGAGGGGAAUAAGGUCUAUAGCAAAAGUAAUAUAACCCUUAGGCCAGAAUGUAUGUAUGGUACUAUAUUUAAAGUAUAUAAUCCAAAGUAGAUAAAGCACAAGAGAGGACCUUAUUUAUCAAACUGUCUACAUGAUAGCAGUUAUAAACAAUACAGCUAUGUAAGACUUUAGAUGUCUCAUAAUACUUACGUUUGAUUGAGUAGGGCUGCAUCUUCCCUAUUGGUAAUCACAUUUCAUGGAAUAUGGCUACAUUGCAUCUUGCAUAUAUUAAAUCUUUGGAGAAAUCUCUGAAGCCUGGUUUUCAUUGUAUUGGUUUAUCACUUGAUGUGUGUUAAUACUGGGAUGUAAUUGUGAAUAAUUAGGUUCUAAAGUUAAUAACCAUUAAUGAAAAGAAAAAUUUGAUUACUGUGUGUCAGGCAGAGUCUGGUGGAUAUGUUCACAAAGAGUACAUAAUACAGAAUAAAUGAAAAUACGGUGAAUUCUAAUCAUGCAAGUGCUAUGAAUCUAUUGAUACAUCUUUGUGAAAAGGAUAGAAAAUCCUACUCAUAAAAUACACCUAGGACCUGUGAGGCAAAAUAUCAGUUUGGAUGAAUUGAAAAUGAUAUGAAAUACUUGUAAAAAUCAGGUUUUAUUUUUAAGUUCAUCUGCCCCAUAUUUAAGUAUUUGAAUUAUAAAUACUACCUUUCCUAUUCUGUUUGCAAGUGACAAGUGACAGCUGCAUUAAUUUAGUCAUGAAAUGGUGAUGGAAGAAUCCACGUCAGGUGCAUGACACAGGUUGUUAAAAAUAAUUUCCUACAGCCAAGUAUGGCACACCCCUAAUCACAGCACUCUGGGAGGCUGAGGCAGGAGGAUGGCAAUGCUGGGCAUUUUAUUCAGAUCUUGCAUCAAAAUUUCAAAUAGGUGGGCCUGAGGAUGUAAUUCAAAAGGCCCUUGGUUCAUUCGGCAGUACCACACACACACACAAGUAAUUAAAGAAAUAAAUAUAUAAACUUCUAUGGCCACCUUGUAAUUAGUGGUUUUAAAAACUUUACAAUAAAGGAAAACGACAAAUACCACAUUUUUUUUGGUAUUGGGAUUGAACUUGCACUUGGAAGGCAGGUGACCUCAGCUAAAUCCCUGACCCUAAACCACAUUUUAAAAAGUGGCUAGGGUUUGCCACCCUGAGGGAGUGGAGUCCACAACACAAAGUAUUAAUUCUUCAAGAACAUAAUAGCAACAUACAUAACAUGACUAUUGGACAUUAUAGACUAUGUAAAAUAUGUAUAAUGGCCAAGUACAAAGUGAGCUUUGGAGUCUGGAGUCUUUCCCUAUCCUAUGUUCUGACAAAAAGAGGAAAAAAAAAGUACUAGAAGUAGAUGGAGGCUUGAUAUAUUUGAGAAUUUGAGCCUUGGAGCUUAACUAUUAAUUUAUGCUAAGUAUAGGAACUACUAUUAGAAUUUUAUUUGUGUAGCCACAUCCGGAUUUUCUGCUUGCCAACUUUCUCAUAUGUGAGAAGGGGAAGUCAGUAUCUAACAACACUGUUGAAGUAGAAUUUGGUCUAAGAACACUAAUAUGAAUGCAAAAUUGAAUGUGUGGGGUGGUUUUUUGUGGGGAGUGGGGAACUGCCUAAAUGAGAAUAAUAUUUGCUAGGCAAAAGACUGAUUGGGCUUCUAAUUUAGGGAGGUAUAUUGUCUAAUGUUAGAAAAUGAGGCUUUUUGCACAGCCAUUAAGAUGCUAAAGUAGUCAUUAGUUUCCUAUGAAAAUGUAAAUAAUUGCUCUAAGGAAUUAGUCUGGAGGCAAAUGUAAUUAGUAUAGUAAAUUAUGUUUAAAGCACUGAAAGUAUAGAGUAAGGGAGUAAUUCUUGCUGUGGAAUCAGGAAGUCAAAGUGAUGUUUGGGGUGUUGGGUGUGAAGUCUUGGAAGAAAGGAUGCUCAGAAGUCCAGGGAACCGGACUGGAAAAGUAUGGAAGUAUGAAUAUGAGGGCCGUUCCUGGACUAGGCUCAAGUGGAUAAAACUAAAGAUGAAGCUAGAAAUGUAGUGAAAGUUGCCUAGAAUUUGGCAUUAGCCAUUGGUGAUUUUUAAGAAAGGCCUGCUUGUGAUCAGAUGUCAGGAAAACAACAAAAACCUAGUGUGAAGAAAGACUUUAAAGGGGGAUAAAAAGAAACCAUUAUAUUGACCACAGCCACAGUGAGAAUGAUGGGAUGUAGUGUCAUGGAUGUUUGCUGGAUUUGAGGCAGAAUUGUGAUAGUAAUGUCAUUUAAGAAGCAUUUACUGUAUUGAGUGCCUUUCAUGUAUCAUAGUAGGAAGAGCUGGACACGCAAAAGACAAUUUCUAGUCCUACUCACUGUGAAUUACUAAGAACUUGGAAUUUUGCUGAUUAGAAAGUGGGCAAACACAGUGUUAUGGAGAAAUAUUAGAAAUGGCCACACUUGUGGCCCUGCCAAAGACCAUUAUCCUUUCCCAGGCACUCAGUGAUUACAAUUCCUAAUUAUGUAAUAAUGCAAAGAAAGGGAGGGCAGAAGUCAUGGGGCACUAGGUCCUGGAAGAAAUAGGCCCUUAUCUAGAAACCUCGUAUGCAAGACUUAUAUAUACCACACCUAGCUGACUAAAGAUAGCAAUUCAUAAAGGGAAAAAAUGACAGUAAGAGAAAAAUGUAGGAAGUUAUAAAAUGAGUGUCCCGUUAAUAUGUCUACAAAAUGAAGACUGAAGCAAAGCAGAACUGGGAUUUAGAAAACUGGGAAAAGUAAAAGGAUGUUAAAAAUAUUUUAGAAGGGAAUCAGCAGAUAACUAAAAUUUUACUGUUGAGGAAAAAUACAGCAACAUAAUAUAGGAUAUUAAACAAGAAAUAUAACUGAUAGUACAAAUUAAACUGAGGUAGUCAUAUAGGAAAAGCCAAUUCAAAUGGAAGGAAGCAAAGAACACAGAAAAUAUAAAAAGCUGCAAGGUCAAGAAAGAUAAAGCAGCUAUGGAAAAGUUAAUUAUAGGGAAGCUACACUAUUUUGAUAAAUUUGGAAAUAUUGAAACAUUUUCUUUGGAAAUAGGCGUUUGAAUUGAAAUAGCUUAAGCAAUGACUGAAAAAAUGUUAAAGUAGUUAAGCAACUUCAAAAAAUGUUCUGGUCAAGUGGGCUUCAUUAAGUGUGUUUUUUCUUGCUUUUAAGUAUUAAAUAAUCCCCUUACUCUAGGAAUAUGGCGCUCAACACCAUCUGUGGGGUUGAAAUUUUUAGCAUAGUAAGUUGUGUUGGUUUAUUGUUCCUCUGCUCCAAGGUUGGAACUUUAGUCUGCUCCUGUCAGAGAAGAAAGGGAGUCUGGGGGGGUGUAGCUUUCCUCACGUUAAUAGUAGGCUGGUUGGGCACCACUGUGUUGGGGAUGUUCCAAACUUACUUUAUAGACUAUGGGCAUAGUGCUGGCACCCAAACUUAGAAGAUAGCAUAAAAUACAAGAUGCAACACAGUUUCAGUGUAAGAAUAUACGUACAAACAUCCCAAAUUAACCACUAUGCAGAUAAAAUGGAGUCUAAGCAGAAAACACCUCACACUGUGGGAAUCUUAUUUCCAGGAGGAAAAAGGGUAGAGGUGAGUCCCAAACCUUAAGAGCAGGCUUAAUCCCACUAGUCAGGAUUAUCCUCUGUGAUGGGCCAGAAUCAGGCGUGAGGCCUCUUGAGGGAGAGUGUAACCCCAACACUGCAGCAUGAAGCUGGAGCCCGCAGGCCCCAUGAAAGAUCGUAUAAACUCAGUCCAGCGACACAGCAAGGGAAUUUGACUCACCUGGUUCUGAGAUGAAAGAAGUCUGAGAGAAAUCAAAACCUUCUUGGGCUCUACAGGGAGUCACUGUUAAGAAGUUUAUAGGGGAGAACAGGGAUGUGAAAUUGUGUAGGAAUUGGCCUUAGGCAAGUGCUAUCCCUUAGACACCUGCCAGAGACAUGCACAGCAUCAUUCUGGACUUGGGGACACUUGUAUUUUCCAAACUCACAGAUUGCACUAGAAAAAGUAAGUGAUUGAUUGAGUUGACAGUGGGAAAUGUAAGGCUAGGAUUUGCCACCCUGUGGGAGUCCACAACACAGAGCAUUAGUUCUUCAAGAACAUAAUAGCAACAUACAUGACAUGACUAUUGAACAUUAUAGACUAUGUAAAAUAUGUGUAAUAGCCAAGGGCAAAGUGAGUUUUGGAGUCUGAAAUGUUCCCUAUCCUAUGUUCUGACAAAAAGAGAAAAAGAAGUACUCAGAGUAGAUGGAGGCUUGAUAUUUUUUUUUUGCAGCAAAGCUGAGUGGAGGAUAUGCAGCUAGUGUGUUGGCUAACAUUGAGGUCCACAGGCAGACAUUAGCAGGUACAGUAAUGCCAAGGAGAGUUUGUCCCAAAAGACUUCUAGAGAAGAUGAGCUAGGCAUCCUGGGAGGACUGACAGUCCGAGAUCCAGCUCACAGCCCUCACUUCCUCUGCCUGCCAGGAAACAAUGAAAUCCUAGUUUCCAGUCUGGCAUUUCACCAGGGGAGACCAGCAACGGAAUUACAGAGGAAGUCCACUUGUAUCGCCCCUUCUGUGGUUAGUUGUUGGGCACCAUCAUGUGUAUGUCAGUGAGAAAAAAGUCAAGGGAUGUUGAAGUCCUCGGUGGUGACACACACACUUCCCUUGGGACUUCUGCUGUGUGGAAAACAAACGAACAAGAAACAAGCCCUGUUUUGUUUAAGUCACUGUACUUGGCUUUUUUAUCACAUGUAGUUGAAAGCAUUUCUUACACAUUUUAAGGUUUAUUUGUUCCAUGAAAAGAGAGGUAAUAAAUACAUUUUCAACUGUAUAGAAAACAAUUAGACUAUGAGUACUAUGUG